CUCCCCGGGCGGGGAGGAGGAGGGCGCCAAGAUGGCGGCGGCGAUGGCGGCGGCGGCGGAGCCGGCGGAGGAGGAGGCGGAGGCGCUGGGGCUCUUCACCGGCAUCGGCCUGAGCGAGGCCAAGGCCCGCGAGACGCUGCGCAACGCCGCCCUCAGCGCCCAGCUCCGCCGGGCCGUGCUGCAGGCCCGCGGUGCGCUGGGCUCCGGCCUGGACAAGGCCACCGGGGCUCUGCUCUACAACGCGGCCGCCCGGCUCCGCGACCCCGGCCGCCUGGCCUUCCUCGUGGCGUACAUCGGCCGCGGGGACAUCCGCAGCGACCUGCAGCUCGGCGCCGCCCUGCAGUACCUGCGCAGCCACCCGCUUGACCCCCUGGAUGCAGCCGACUUCGAGCAGGCGUGCGGCGUGGGCGUGCGGGUCAGCCCCGAGCAGAUCGAGGAGGCGGUGGAGGCCGUGAUCAGCCGGCACCGGGAGGAGCUGCUGGCCGAGCGCUACCGCUUCAACAUGGGGCUGCUGAUGGGGGAGGCGCGCAGCCGGCUGCAGUGGGCGGACGGGAAGAGCAUCAAGAACGAGGUGGACCUGCAGGUGCUGCAUUUGCUGGGACCAAAGACAGAAGCAGACCUGGAAAAGAAACCAAAGGCUACGAAGGCCCGGCCGGUCCAGGAAGAGAAGCAGAAGGCGCCCGCGGUGGAGAACGGUGAGGGGCUCUGUCAUCCUGCCAGGAGCUGCCCCAGCCCUCCGGUUCCUGGGGCUCGGCCCCAGGAGCAACCUGGGCUGUGGUCAGGCAGCUCGCAGUGCUUGGGGAGCUCCCUUUGUCCCAUCAGGCAGCGCUGCUGCUGCACGUUUUGUCCUUUACGGGUAAAAAGUGAGGUCUCAGCAGCACAGUGGGCAGGCGGAGGAGGAGGAGGCGGCACCGGCUCGGCCCUGUCUCUCUUUGCAGGCGAGGUGGGCACGGAGACGAAAUCGCUGCUGGAGCAGCUGCGGGGAGAAGCCCUCAAGUUCCACAAGCCGGGAGAGAACUACAAGACGGAGGGCUACGUGGUGACGCCCAACACCAUGGCGCUGCUGAAGCAGCACCUGGCAGUCACGGGCGGGCAGGUGCGGACGCGGUUCCCCCCUGAGCCCAACGGGAUCCUGCACAUCGGACACGCCAAGGCCAUCAACUUCAAUUUCGGCUACGCCAAGGCCAACGGGGGCGUGUGCUUCCUGCGCUACGACGACACCAACCCCGAGAAGGAGGAGGAGAAGUACUUCACGGCCAUCCGGGAGAUGGUGGAGUGGCUCGGCUACCAGCCCUACGCGGUGACCCACGCCUCGGACUACUUCGACCAGCUCUACGCCUGGGCCCUGGAGCUCAUCCGCAGGGGCCAGGCCUACGUCUGCCACCAGAAGGUCGAGGAGAUCAAGGGCCACAACCCGCCGCCCUCGCCGUGGCGGGACCGGCCCGUGGAGGAAUCGCUCCUGCUCUUCGAGGACAUGCGAAAGGGCAAGUUUGGGGAGGGGGAGGCCACGCUGCGGAUGAAGCUGGUGAUGGAGGACGGGAAGAUGGACCCCGUCGCCUACCGCGUCAAGUUCACUCCGCACCACCGCACCGGGGACAAAUGGUGCAUCUACCCCACGUACGACUACACGCACUGCCUGUGCGACUCCAUCGAGCACAUCACGCACUCCCUCUGCACCAAGGAGUUCCAGGCCAGGCGCUCCUCCUACUUCUGGUUGUGCAACGCGCUGGACGUCUACUGCCCUGUGCAGUGGGAGUACGGGCGCCUGAACCUGCUCUACACCGUCGUCUCCAAGAGGAAAAUCAUCCGCCUGGUGGAGACGGGUGCUGUGAGGGACUGGGACGACCCGCGGCUCUUCACCCUGACAGCCCUGCGCCGGCGAGGCUUCCCCCCCGAGGCCAUCAACAACUUCUGCGCCCGGGUCGGUGUGACCGUGGCCCAGGCAACGAUGGAGCCGCACCUGCUGGAGGCAUGCGUGCGGGAGGUGCUGAACGAGCAGGCCCCCCGCGCCAUGGCCGUGCUGGAGCCUCUCAAGGUCACCAUCACCAACUUCCCCGCUCCUGAGACAAUCGAUGUCCUUGUGCCCAACUUCCCAGCCGAUGAGAGCCGGGGCUUCCACAAAGUGCCCUUCCAGCCCACCGUCUACAUCGAGGAGACCGAUUUCAGGGAGGAGCUGGACAAGGGCUACAAGCGGCUGGCCCCGGGGCAGCCCGUGGGACUGCGCCACGCUGGCUACGUCAUCGCCGUCCAGAACGUCAUCAAGAACGCCAGCGGGCGCGUGAUGGAGCUGGAGGUGACCUGCACGAAGUCAGACGCGGCCGAGAAGCCCAAAGCCUUCAUCCACUGGGUGUCGGAGCCUCUGACGUGCGAAGUGCGGCUCUACGAGCGGCUGUUUUUGCACAAAAAUCCCGAGGACCCAGCGGAGGUUCCGGGGGGCUUUCUGAGCGAUCUCAAUCCUGACUCCCUGCGCGUGGUGGACAAUGCCCUGGCUGACAGAUCCGUCCUCGCCGCCCAGCCCUUUGCCAAAUUCCAGUUUGAGCGCCUGGGCUACUUCUCCGUGGAUCCCGACAGCACGGAGGGGAAGCUGGUGUUCAACCGCACGGUGACGCUGAAGGAAGACCCUGGCAAAGCCUGAGCGGAGGCCCCGUUGCCCCCGCCACCGCCGCCGCUUGCGUGCCCGGCUGUGGGGCCGCGUCCCUGGGGGGGGGGGGGGGUCAGGCUGGAGCCCGGCCCCUGCGCCCCCCUCCCCAGCGCCACAGCUGCCUUAGCACAGCCCCGCGGGGCCGUGCCCGCCCCCCCCACGGCAUCACCUCAAUAAACUGGAGCAUCCCA